AUCAGUCCCUUAUGGAGCUGGAUUGUGGUUAGGGGGCACAGUCUCCAGGACAAAACCUAGUUCACACAUGCCGUAAACGCCGCAGUGUCCACAACAGUGGAAGAACUUGUGGGACUGGUUCCUUCACAUACCUGAGAGCUGGGGAGAACCGCAAUGCAAGUUAUUUGCGGACUCUCAUUCUGUGUCUACCAGGAAAGGGUGAGAACCUGGCUUUUCCAGUUUUGUAAAAUGAUUGUGUCACAAAGUUAUGGACUGGUCUAGUACUGAGGAACUGAGUACAAAGCACAGUUUCUAAACAUGGGGGAGAGGUGGCUGCUAUCGAGUUUCCUUUAUAUUCUCCUGAGCGGAUAUCACGUUUCUGGACUGCAGGAUGAUGAAAUUGUUUUUCCGGAGCGACUGGUGAACAGAGUAAGGAGGAACGUGGAUGACAGCACGGAUGAGAAUAUAUCCUACAUCAUCCAAACUUCAAAUCGUACUCUAAUCCUUAAUCUUCAGAGGAACAGAGAUUUCGUGAGUAAAGACUUUGAGCACUUUACCUACAGCAAAGAUGGUGGACUGAAGGCCCUCAAUUCCACAGUACCGAAAUACUCCUGUUAUUACCAUGGACAGGUGGAAGGAAUGGAGGACUCUGUCGUUGCGCUCAGCGACUGUCAUGGUCUCAGGGGAGUCGUGUACUUGAGUGAGGUGCAUUAUGGGAUUGAGCCUGUGGAGCAUCCCUUUGGUGGAGCACACCGGCUGUAUCGGUUAGAUGAGCCCGAUGGAGCCGCUAUGUGCGGCGUGGUGGAGACCAUGGACACCUCACAUACUUUACUGCCCUCGUAUUAUCUACUCCGUAGGAAGAAGCGAGAUGUUCCUGCCAUGACCAGUUAUGUAGAGCUUGGAGUAGUAGUGGAUAAUCUUAGGUACCUUGGCGAUAAGUCAAACAGCACAGCAGUGGAAGUGGAGACCAUAGAGCUGGUGAAUAUUGUUCAUGGGAUGUUUCUCUCCCUUAACAUUCAAAUAGUACUGACUAAUUUGAUCACUUGGACGACCAAUAAUCCCAUCAAUGUCACUUCUGGAAGUGCUGGAGAUGUGCUGGGAAGAUUUACACAGUGGAGGGGUGAAAACAAAAUAAAGAGAUGCGACAUCUAUCAUCUCCUCAUGGGGCGCGGUUCUUUCGGUGGUGUGAUUGGCAUGGCAUUUGUUGGCACAGUAUGUUCACCGAGUUAUGCCACUUCCAUUAGUGCAUUCGAUGUUGGAGCCUCCCCACCGUCACAUGCCACAGUAGUCGCUCAUGAACUUGGGCACGUCCUUGGAAUGAGCCACGAUGAUAAUCGAUGCCCCAGCAACUCUGUCAUGUUCAGUUCAGACAAUAACGCCCGGACGUUCAGCAACUGCAGCGCCGACGAUUUUGCAGCACUAAUCAAGAAAGGAAGUGGGAAGUGUCUCCAAAACCCACCAGAUCCAAACCAGGUGCUCAGUAUACCUGCGUGCGGUAACAAUGUAGUCGAGCGAGGAGAGGAGUGCGACUGUGGAUCUCCGAAGGAAUGCCAGAACCCAUGCUGCAAUGCUGCCACCUGCAGGCUAACUAGUGGAUCGCAGUGUGCCCAGGGAUUAUGUUGCGAGAAUUGCAAGUUUAGGGUUGGAGGAAACAUUUGCCGGGGAAAGUCUAACACGUGUGACCUGCCCGAGUACUGCAAUGGAUCCUAUGCCCUGUGUCCUGUUGACUUCUAUAUAAUGGAUGGGUACCCCUGCAACAAUACAACUUCUUACUGCUACAGUGGAGUGUGCCAGAGCUAUAACGAUCAGUGCAAGGCCCUGCUGGGUGCAGGUACAAGUAAAGGCCCCGAUGUCUGCUUUCAAAUACAAAACAUAAAGGGCGAUCAAUAUGGAAACUGUGGGGUCGUAUCGGGAAACCCCCAACCGUGUACAAUAGCUGACAGCCUGUGCGGUAAACUACAGUGUACAGGAAAGAAUGACAAAAUACCAAACUGCACUAUCAUCAACAGUAACUACAACGGGGUAGAAUGUGUUAGUAUAGACUUCAACCUGGGCUCUGACGUUCCUGACCCUGGACUUGUCCACCAGGGAUCACCGUGUGCAGAAGGAAAGGCUUGUGUAAACUAUAAAUGUCAGAACGCCUCCGCCUUAGGAUUCAACUGUGACAUCAAAGGAAAGUGUCAUGACCAUGGGGUGUGCAAUAACAAUGGGAACUGUCACUGUGAUGACGGCUGGGCCCCCCCAUACUGUGACAAAUCGGGCUACGGCGGCAGCAUUGAUAGUGGCCCCACACACAUCGACACCUCUUUACUUGAUGGACUGCUCAUCUUCUUCCUGCUGGUUCUGCCGAUCCUCAUCCUCCUAGUUGUGAUGUUCAUAAAAAGAGACGCAAUUAGAAGGAGGUUUUUCCGGAAGAGAAGACGCAGAGAAAGAAAUGAACAAGAGCAGAACAAUUAUGCCAAUCGCAACCAGAAUGCCUAUGCCAAUUGGAACACUGCCGGCAACAUGCCAAGGAACCAGGACAGGACCUUUUCUGAUGUCUUCACUAUAUCGCAUAACGUUCCUCAAAGACCACCAGUGCCACCCGCUAGACCAGUGCCACCCGCUAGACCAGUGCCACCCACCCGUCCUCCUCGCCCUCAACUGUCCACAACCCCACAGUAUACCUGGCCCGAUAACGUCUGACAAUGGAUCACACUGAACUAAGCACUUCAGAACCAGCCAGCAACCUGAUUUCAGUCUGGAGCCAUUAAAGUUCUAUGUGGUGCCGCUGCAAUCCAUGGAUUAUGGGCACAGCACUGAUAUAAUCACAAAGGACAACCACAUGGUAAAGACAAACCCGGCAUGAAGGAGUCACGACGAAAGCUGCUAAAUCCAGAUGCACUUUUAUGAAAUCUGUUUUAAAAACCUGUAUAUCCAAUUUUGUGUUUUAUGAUGUCAUACUGUGAAAUGCCUCAUCGUGUUUUUUUUUUUUUUAUCCUAUUACAUUUC